CACCCUGGUUUGGUACUCCAGAGUCUCCUAUAUUGCUGGGCUCUUCUCUAGUACUCUAUGUCCCUUGCCCUGGGCCAUGGAACCAUUGCAGGCAGCACAGCGGCGCCUCUGUCUGAAGAAGGGGAAGUGACUUCCGGCCUCCAGGCUCUGGCGGUGGAGGACACUGGAGGUCCCUCUGUCUCGGCUAGUAAGGCCGAGGAAGAGGGGAAAGGCAGUCAGGAGGAGGCCGGGCGUGAGGCAUCUAGGGCUGAGGAGGCACUAGAAGCUUCCAGCGCUGUGAGCGACGAGCGUGCCGAGGGAGAAUCCGAAGACUGGUGCGUGCCCUGCAGCGAUGAGGAGGUGGAGCUGCCGGCCAAUGGGCAGUCCUGGAUGCCCCCACCCUCCGAAAUCCAGCGGCUCUAUGAACUGCUGGCUACCCAAGGUACUCUGGAGCUUCAAGCGGAGAUCCUACCCCGCCGGCCGCCUACUCCUGAGGCCCAGAGUGAAGAGGAGAGAUCAGAUGAGGAGCCAGAGGCCAAAGAGGAGGAGGAGGAAAAGCCGCACAUGCCUACAGAGUUUGACUUUGAUGAUGAGCCAGUGACCCCCAAGGACUCACUGAUUGACAGAAGACGUACACCAGGAAGCUCAGCCCGGAGCCAGAAACGGGAGGCGCGUCUGGAUAAAGUCCUCUCAGACAUGAAGCGACAUAAGAAACUAGAGGAGCAGAUCCUUCGGACCGGGAGAGACCUCUUCAGCUUAGACUCAGAAGGCCCCAGCCCUGCCAGCCCUCCACUCCGAUCCUCAGGAAAUAGUCUCUUUCCCAGGCAGCGAAAGUACUGACUGUUGCUGCUCCGGCCUACAGGUGCAGACUGUUUUGUGCUGAGCAUGGCCGGCCUUUCCCGUCCCAGGCUCUUGUAACAGAAAAAGCCUCAAGCUCCCAGCGCAGUGCCUUGCAGGAGUGUGUGUGUGUGUGUGUGUGUGUGUGUGUGUGUGUGUGUGUGUGUGUGUGUGUGUGUGUGUGUGUGUGUGUGUGUGUGUUGUUGUUGUUGUUGUUUAGUGUCUGUUUACAGUUUUGAGCUGGAUAUGCUGAAUCUAAUAAAAGAUGCCUGAUGAUCUUUUCAGA